GAACCCUUUCUCCCUCUGCUUCGUUCAUCUAUCCCCCUCUCCCUCGUUGUCGCUGCUGCUGCUGCAUCGUCCCCUGGCGGUACGCGCUCUUGUGCUUCCGCCAUCGCUGCAACCUCCACACGCCCUUGCAGCUCGCCGCACAAGAUGGAGACAUUUCUUUUCACCUCCGAAUCCGUGAACGAGGGUCACCCCGACAAGCUGUGCGACCAGGUGUCGGACGCCAUCCUGGAUGCGUGCCUGGAGCAGGACCCUGACAGCAAGGUGGCUUGCGAGACGUGCACGAAGACGAACAUGGUGAUGGUGUUCGGAGAGAUUACGACGAAGGCGGUGGUGGACUACGAGAAGAUCGUGCGCGACACAUGCCGCGAGAUUGGGUUCACGUCGGACGAUGUGGGACUGGAUGCAGACAAGUGCAAGGUGCUGAUGUACUUGGAGGCGCAGAGCCCGGACAUUGCCCAGGGUGUGCACGGGCACUUCACGAAGAAGCCAGAGGAGAUCGGCGCGGGCGACCAAGGACACAUGUUCGGGUAUGCGACGGACGAGACGGAGGAGCUGAUGCCACUGACGCACGUGCUGGCGACGAAGCUGGGCGCGAAGCUGACGGAGGUGCGGAAGAACGGGACGUGCGCGUGGCUGCGGCCGGACGGGAAGACGCAGGUGACGGUGGAGUACAAGAACGAGGGGGGUGCGAUGGUGCCGUUGAGGGUGCACACGGUGCUGAUAUCGACGCAGCACGACGAGACGGUGACGAACGACCAGAUCGCGGCGGACCUGAAGCAGUAUGUGAUAAAGCCUGUGAUUCCGGAGAAGUACAUGGACGAGAACACGAUUUUCCACCUGAACCCGUCGGGGCGGUUCGUGAUCGGGGGGCCGCACGGGGACGCGGGGCUGACGGGGAGGAAGAUUAUCAUCGACACGUACGGGGGGUGGGGAGCGCACGGAGGAGGCGCAUUUUCGGGGAAGGACCCGACGAAGGUGGACAGGAGCGGGGCGUACAUUGUGCGGCAGGCGGCGAAGAGCAUCGUGGCGGCGGGGCUGGCUCGGCGGUGCAUCGUGCAGGUGUCGUACGCGAUCGGGGUGCCGGAGCCGCUGUCGGUGUUCGUGGACACAUACGGGACGGGGAAGAUUCACGACUCGGAGAUAUUGAAGCUGGUGAAGGAGAACUUCGACUUCAGGCCGGGGAUGAUGUGCAUCAACUUGGACUUGAAGCGAGGCGGGAACAGGAGGUUCCAGAAGACGGCGGCGUACGGGCACUUCGGGAGGAACGACCCGGACUUCACGUGGGAGGUGGUGAAGCCGCUGAAGUGGGAGAAGACGGAGGCGUAGAGGGAGUGGGAGUGGGAUUGGGAGUGGGAUGAUGUAGGGAUAUGAUGAGGGGACGGGGUGAUAUGAGCUCCCCCCUGUGUGUAGCGUGCGGUGCGGUGGGAAAGGGAAAGCACGGACAAUAUUCUUUUCUGUUGGCGGUGGCUGUGAUGGUGUGAUCGGGUGAUGGUGUGAUCGGGGAGGGAGAUAGAGAGCGGGAAUGGGAAUGUGGGGGUGAAGGGGGAGGUAGGGAGUAGGUGGUGUAUGGCAACUGCAUGAUGAACAGAAGGUUGAUGAUUUUUGAUGACGCUGGAUAUUGUAUGGUAAUUGGAAUGGAGAGUUGGGGUGCAGUCGGCGAAGCCGGGUGUGCAGGAUUGAAUAGUGGUGCGAUGGUGUCCACCAUUAUUGAUCGGAGAACUUUGGUUGACAUGGUUUGUAUGAGUUGCGAGUCUGAGUUACAACUUUUCGUAAUGUCGUUGUGUCUUUGUGUGUGUAUGCUAGGUAUAUGCUUCUCUGUAGUACAUGCGAGUGCUCUCGUAGUGUGCAGUAGUGCCAUGUCUAGACUGUUGAAUGAGAACGUAUUGCUUCUAUGAUGAUAUAUGGGCGAAUGAAGUGGAGUGGGGAGCAGUAUGCCGCAUUCUUCACCCCGUCACCAACACUUUCAAUGUAAAUAAAGUUGGACUAUUUUGGUUA